AUGGCAUUUUCAUCGUCGAGUAAAUCUCUCGGAAAAGACACUCGAUCUGUUCAUACACUUCAAGCCGCAGUAUCGCGUGACUAUGAUCGACAACGAUUGGCGGCCAAACAUGAACUCAAACUUGAGAAAGAUUAUGGUACAUUAGAACGAAAAAUGAUCUCGCAUGCCAAAUGGAAUCAACGUGCAGAAAACAACAAUCUUCGUCCGAAUGUAGUCAACAAUCGAAAUCCAAGUCCGACGCCGACAAGUCUUGAUGACUUCAUUCAACGAGAAAAGAUCAAGCAAGACAAUAUGAUCAAUUCCAAACGUCUCGGUAAUGGAAAUAUCCGUCGUGCUUCGAUGAACACUAUUCCGAAAAUGUAG